AUGUUCAAUAACUUUCCAGUUGAGAAGAAGGGCGGAGCCAGGCCGAAGACUCCAAAAUCUGCUGCAGCACAGAAGGGUAGAACAGAGUCCCAGUUGAAAGAUACAGUGAAAGGCGCUAACAAGAAACGAGCAUUUGGAAAAAAUAUCUCAGAUGUUCAAAGCAGAAGCAUUACCCCAGAAGAUGACCAACUGGUAACAUUUACGAUGAAACAUGGCCCAAGACGUGAAAUGGUACAGUGUCAUACGAGCGACAGUUUAAUAGAAGCUAUCAUAAACCAUCAAAAACAAAUAAAAGGCGGUGAUCAAGAUUUCAACUUUAUUUUUGUUGAGAUCAUUGAGGGAAAAGAGCUGAAGCCAACAAUUCCUAAUUUAGGAAUCCCUGCUAAACUAAUAUCAGAUAAAACCAUUGUUUGUGAAGUGAAAUCUCCUGGCGGGUCUAAGCAACAGUUGAAUCCUUCUUCUUUAAUAAGAAAAUAUGGAAGGGGUAAGAAUCUGUACACAUUGUACAUUUCAAGUGAAACUGUUGGACCUACAAACAAAAGUUUUCUAGUGUAUCCCAAUCACUAUUCCAACUGCCGAAUCCGCAUCGAUUUUACUGAGAAUGAGAGUCUGUUAGAUGCUUUAACUAUGGAUGGUCGAUUCACUGCUAAUUUGAGUAAUUUUGUCUUAGUAGAUGAAAGUUAUGGAACAGAAAUUUACUUGUUCCACAAGGCUUUUUCUUACAAAGACAAAACAUUGUCUCUUAAGCAUUUAGGUAAACACGUUGCUGUAACAAACAGUAGGUGACGGGUUCAGUUGUUGAUGGAGAUGAUGCGUCCAAUUCUCCUAAAACUCCACGCGCGACAGGUUUGAGAAAACCUAACCUAGUAGCAUUAGGGGAUGUAAAUCGCAUUGCUAAACUGGUGGGAAGAAAAUAUAAAUUGAAUUUGCGGAAUAGAACAAGGUCAGAAACCGAAGCGCAGAAAAUCAAUGAAAUCUAUUGGCAGACUUACAGUUUAUAUAAUGAGCCAUGUCGUGUUUCUGUGAUAAAUGAGUAUCAGUAUUCUGUUGGGAUCAUUUACUGGUCUGAUAAAGAUGGAAAAUUAUAUAAUGCAACUUGUUUCCGACUUGGUGAGAAAGCCUGCUGUAUCCUGACAAACAGACAUGUGCUCUUUAAUAUUGAAAAUUCUGUACGUGAACAGGGCAUGCAUUUAGAAAAUGUGAAUGUCCGUUUUAAUUUUGUUAAAGGCAAGCUUGAUCCGAAUGAUCCCAAUAACUUUAAGUUAAAAGGCGAGAAUAAUAUGCCUGCCAUACUCUUUGAAAGUCCAAAUGAUAAACUAGAUUAUGUGAUACUGAAGCUGGAUAGUCCUCAGGGAAGCAGCUUUUCAAGCACUGGUCUGUUUUCACCUCCACCUCCACCCCCACUUGGCCACCUGCUUCCAUCUUCCAUGCCCGAUAUGACUCUAUUGUACAUCAUGGGGUAUUCUGAAACACGACAGUUAACGAUGGAAUCGUGUGUUACCUUGGAUCUUAUGGAUGCCAGAAAUGUUCCCACUUAUAUCCGCGCACCUCAUGGUCAGUUACCAGACACUGACUCUGUAUUUCAACAAACUUCCCUACUUCAUGGAGCUUCAGGCAGUCCAAUUUUCACUUGUAAAGGGCAGUUAGUUGGGGUACAUACCCGCGGUUAUUUUCGUGUAAAUUCCUCUCGGAGUGAAUUUGAACAAGGGGUAACACUCGAAGCAAUAAUUAGAGAUGUUCAGUUGCAAAUUGAUGCAAUGACUGAGGGCAAAACUGAAUA